AGUGUGUCUUCUCCGGCGACAAUGAGAAUCUUACACAGAUUCACCACCCAAUUCACGCGCGGCCCAUUCACCGCCGCAACCCAAACCCGUUUCAAGAAACCCGCCAACACCGCCCAGACCCGCCUCGAGACCCGCACCCGCGACCUCAAACUCGACCUCCUCGCCUUCCACCACCGCCGCCUCGCCCUCGUCCUCAGCCUCCACACCCUCGUCUCCGCCAAGAAACGCGGCCCCUUCAUCUCCCUCAACCUCCUCUCCCGGUGGGCCCCCCACGCCGGCCUCAAAACCCUCACCGCCGGCGAAUUCCUCCGCAAAUACCCACACGUCUUCGAGGUGUUCACCGACCCCGUCAGAAGAAACCAAUGCUGCAAAUUCACCCCCAAUUUCGUCCAAUUGAUAAACCUCGAAAACGAAACCCUAACCCUAACGGAACACACCAACGUCGUCAAAAUCAAGAAAAUCCUCUCCAUGUCGGUCACCAGAAGAAUCCACCUCCACGCAAUCAGACUCAUCAGACGUGAAUUAGGGCUACCCGAAAACUUCCGCGAUUCGAUAAUCAAGAAACACCACGACACGUUCCGAAUGAUAGAUGCCGAGACAUUCGAACUAAUCGAACCGAACGAAAACGAAGAAGCCCCGGUUGUUUUCUCGGCAGAGGUCGAAAAAUGGAGGGAAAACGAGUUCGAACAGAAGUGGCUAAGCGAAUUCGAGACGAAAUACGCGUUCCCGAUUAAUUUCCCAACAGGGUUCAAGAUCGUCCGAGGGUUUAAGGAGAAAUUAAAGAAUUGGCAGAGGCUUUCGUACGUGAAGCCAUACGAAAAAAUCGAAAAAGUUCGAGUCCGUACAUGUGGAGGGGUGGAUAGGUACGAGAAACGGGCGGUGGGAGUUAUACACGAGCUUUUGUGCUUGACGGUGGAGAAAAUGGUGGAGGUGGAGAGGUUGGUUCAUUUUAAGAAGGAUUUAGGUUUGGAAGUUGUUAAUUUGCGCGAGCUUAUUUUGAAGCAUCCCGGGAUUUUUUACAUUUCGACGAGAGGGAGCUAUCAGUUUGUUUUUUUGAGGGAGAAAUAUUGUAGGGGUUGUUUGGUCGAAACGGAUGCGGUUUUCGAUGUUCGGAGGAAGAUGUUGGAGCUUAUGUUGUUGGGUUGUCGGAAUACUAGAAUCUUGAAAGAGCAACAAGACGACGGAAGAUGUGUAGCCAAUGAAGAAACUGUCACAAGAAGGGAUGGUGAUUUUGUUCUUCCAAUUUUAGAGUGUCAAUUUAGAAAAUAAUCAUGGUUGUGAUGUCAAAGACUAUGGUGAUUAAUCCAAAUUAGAGCUCGAUUCGCUUCGUUAUUA